CACACUCUGAUGAGGAGUGGACUUCUUGAUUCUUCAUCCAGUUAUGGAUCUGGAUAAACCAUCCGUCUGGGGGUCAUUAAAACAGCGGACCAGACCCUUGCUGAUCAACCUGAGCAAGAAGAAGUCUAAAAAGACACCAAGUAAACCCUUGGAUUUAAGGGUGCAACAUCAACUGGACCGGCGCCUCAGCCUCUCGGUGCCUGACCUCCUGGAGGCAGAGGCCUUGGUUCCCGAGGGUCGACCUUACUCAGGGCCACAGUCGUCCUACACCUCGGUACCCAACAGCCUGUCUACUGCAGGCAUCGUUCCCAAGAGCAGCAGCAGCUCCCUGAAGCAGUCUGAGGAAGAACUGGACUGGAGCCAGGAGGAAGCAAGCCACGUCCCCUGGGCAGACACCGACUCUGAAGAGAUCUAUGCUUCUCCUGCAGAGGAGUGGCUGGCAGCCAGCCAGAAUGGCCUGGAAAUGCACAAACCGCCUCUUGGAGCAGAUGCUACUGCAGAGCCAGAGAAGACACGUGGCAAUGGGGAUCUGAAUGCUUCUAUGACAUCUCAGCAUUUUGAAGAACGAUCCACUCUUGGAGAAGCUGGUGAUUGCCUUAGUCACCUCCCCAGCCCCUUCGCAUACCUCCUCACCAUACACCUGAAGGAAGGCCGCAACCUCGUGGUUCGGGAUCGCUGCGGUACGAGUGAUCCGUAUGUGAAAUUUAAGCUGAACGGGAAGACACUGUAUAAGAGUAAAGUCAUAUAUAAAAACUUGAACCCAAUUUGGGAUGAGAUAGUUGUGUUGCCAAUACAAAGCCUUGAUCAAAAGCUCCGUGUGAAGGUGUACGAUCGGGACUUAACCAAGUCUGAUUUCAUGGGUUCUGCCUUUGUCAUUCUCAGGGAUCUUGAACUUAACAGGACAACGGAACGUAUUUUAAAAUUGGAAGACCCGAACAGUUUAGAGGAUGACAUGGGAGUGAUUGUGCUGAAUUUGAACCUAGUUGUAAAACAGGGUGAUUUCAAGAGGCAUCGUUGGUCAAAUCGGAAGCGGUUAAGUGCCAGCAAGGCCUCUUUCAUGCGCAACCUACGGCUCUCAGAGUCCCUGAGAAAGAACCAACUCUGGAAUGGGAUUAUAAGUAUAACACUGCUGGAAGGGAAGAAUGUCUCAGGAGGGAACAUGACAGAGAUGUUUGUCCAGUUAAAACUGGGAGACCAGAGGUACAAAAGCAAGACACUGUGUAAGAGUGCAAACCCGCAGUGGCAGGAACAGUUUGACUUUCACUACUUCUCUGACAGGAUGGGCAUUUUGGACAUUGAAGUGUGGGGAAAGGACAGCAAAAAGCGCGAGGAGCGACUGGGCACGUGUAAAGUGGAUAUCUCAGCACUCCCACUGAAGCAAGGCAACUGCUUGGAACUACCUCUGGAGAGCUGCCUCGGGUCUCUUCUUAUGUUGAUCACCCUGACUCCUUGCACUGGAGUCUCCAUCUCUGAUCUCUGUCUAUGUCCCUUUGAGGACCCCGGUGAAAGAAAGCAGAUUUCCCAGCGAUAUGCCUUACAGAACUCACUGCAGGAUGUGAAGGACAUUGGUAUUCUACAGGUGAAGGUUCUAAAAGCAGCAGACCUCUUGGCCGCUGAUUUCUCAGGGAAGAGUGAUCCUUUCUGCCUGUUGGAGCUGGGCAAUGACCGACUUCAGACACACACCAUUUACAAAAACCUCAAUCCUGAGUGGAACAAAGUUUUUACAUUCCCUAUUAAAGACAUCCAUGAUGUUUUGGAAGUGACGGUGUUUGACGAGGAUGGAGAUAAGGCCCCAGACUUCCUUGGAAAAGUUGCCAUCCCCCUGCUGUCUAUUAGGAUUGGACAACCAAAUUGUUAUGUGUUGAAGAAUAAAGAUUUAGAACAAGCUUUUAAAGGGCUUAUCUACUUAGAGAUGGACCUCAUCUAUAAUCCGGUCAAAGCAAGUAUCAGGACCUUCAGCCCAAGAGAAAAGCGCUUUGUGGAAGAUAGUCGCAAGCUGUCCAAAAAGAUCUUAUUAAGAGAUGUAGAGCGAGUGAAAAGACUCACGAUGGCAAUAUGGAACACAGCACAGUUCUUCAAAAGCUGCUUCCAGUGGGAGUCCACACUAAGGAGCACAAUAGCAUUUGUGAUGUUUUUGGUCACUGUCUGGAAUUUUGAACUCUACAUGAUCCCUCUGGCAUUGCUGCUCCUCUUUCUGUACAACUUCCUCAGACCCGUGAAAGGGAAAGGCAGCAGUACCCAGGACAGCCAGGAGAGCACAGACAGAGAUGAGGAGGAGGAGGACGAAGAGGAGGAAGAGGAGAAGGAAUCUGAAAAAAAAGGAAUAAUUGAGAGAAUCUAUAUGGUACAGGAUAUUGUUUCCACCGUCCAGAACAUUUUGGAGGAAGCUGCUUCUUUCGGGGAAAGGAUUAAGAACAUGUUUAACUGGACAGUCCCUUUCCUUUCACUGCUGGCCUGUUUGAUUCUGGUCAUAGCCACUGUCACUUUGUAUUUCAUCCCUCUACGGUAUAUCAUUCUACUCUGGGGCAUAAACAAAUUUACUAAGAAGCUUCGAAAUCCUUAUUCCAUAGACAAUAACGAGCUCCUAGACUUUCUCUCCAGGGUGCCCUCGGAUGUUCAGAAGGUGCAGUAUGCAGAGCUGAAGCCCUAUGGCAGCCACAGCCCGCUUCGGAAGAAGCGGAGUACUGUCUAGGGCUCAUGUUGACUGAACUCUCCAGCAUCCAAUGUGCAGCUGAUCAGACCUGUGUCCUGGCUGCUCUGUGUCCUGAAAUGGGUGCUCUGUGCAUCCCAUCACUCUCUGCUCUCUUCACAUAUACAGAUGCACACACCCCCGCACCCGAGUCCCCAUGCAUGGGUGUCCUAGACAGUCAAAAUGACAAAAGGCACUAAGUCUGAGACUGUGGUAGUCUCUCAUCCAUUUUAAGUAUAUAAAACAGGGUGUCCACAUGUCUGAGCCUUCUCCUUGAGAGCAACUAGAAGAUCAUGUGAUUCUAGAAUGACGCUGAACUUAUUUCAACACCUUAAGCAGAUUUUCACUAAGAUUCAGUUAUUUCUGGCUGAGGUUGGUAGCUUAUACUUAUAAACUUAACAACGAAGAGGCCAAGGCAGGUCAGUGUUGAAUGCAAUGUCAGCUCAGGAACUAUACCAUGUCAGCCUCUGCUCUGUACCAAAACUCUGUUUUAAAACCAACAGUUAACAGAGGUUCAGUUAUUUACAGUCUCGAUAUCCCUACUCAUUUCAGAUUAUUUUGCUACCAUCUCUCCAUCCAGAUGAUGUAUAUUUAAAAAAAAAACAAUGCUUAGUGAUUUCCAGAAUUAACCCAAAUAUUUACUAAUCUUUCAGCUGUGAUAAAUAAAUCUGUUUGUUUAUUUAUUUAUUUAUUUAUUGGUGUCCCCUUAGUAUUGGAUGCCAGCCUAUAUCACAUCUCAGCUGUUGUUGGCAAGGACUAUCCCUGAAGGUCCCAAGGAAUGACUCAUUGGAUUAAUAUGGCUUUUGUGAUAGUAUUUUGUUGCUGUAAAAUGUCAUUUCUUCCAACCUCCCCUUUUGCCUGCUACCAAAACAAAGAUAUUUGUAUCAAAUAUGCAUUCUCAGAGAGAAGGUGGAGGUUGGAGCAGAUGAACGAGUAAAUUCAGAAAGUAUUUAGGAAUAUCAAAGUAUGAAGAGGCUUUACUAACACUCUUGGUGAGAUAUAAUCAUUUCAGUUGCCAGAUGUUUUGAGCAGACAGUUAAAAUGUUUUUGGCUGUCUGAGUUUGCUUUUUGUUUUUCUGAGGGUCAAAAUAAGGUAAAGACAGUAGAAGCUUAUUUCAAAACCCUGUGAAUACAAAACAAUCGCCAAAAAGUCUUCUGUAGAUAACCUCUGAGUCCUGAGCACCCUACAACUCCAUAGCACACCCUGCCAAGCUUAAAACAAUUAAUUUUGUGCAUGUAGAAAAUGUGUACAAGUAGCUUUGUGUCAGAAUGAUAUUUAAGCUUUAAAAUCUGUAUUUCAUCGACACAUAUUUGCUGAAUGUAGGUUUGUAUAUGUAUUGUAAAGAAAAGUUGGGGUUAAAAAGACCCAAUUUACUUCUGUUCAGUUCUUUUGUUUUGUCAUUGUUUCUGCAUUGUUCAAACAAAAUGUUUUAUGAAAAAUGCCAAAGAUUCUAA